AUAGCCUGGAAAGAAGAUUCGGAAGAUGCAACGGAGCAUAAGGUAUGAGUGAUAUAGCAAAUUACUUUACUAAACUUAAGAGGUUGUGGAAUGAACUGGAUUCCCUUAGUGUCAUUAUAUCUUGUUCUUAUGUCUGUGUAUGUGAGGGUAAGGGAAAUCUGGUUAAAUCACUGUAACAUCAGAAAUUAAUGCAGUUUCUGUUAUGCUCAGGCAAGAGGGAACAUCCUGAUGAUGAGCCCUUUGUCAAGCAUUGAUGUUUUGUUGCAAGAUGAACCAACGAGAGUUUUAUGUUAAUGCAGACCCCUUAACCAACUCAGCAGCUUUUAUGGCAACAACACAAGGCAAGUGGAAUCACAGAAAUGGUAACCAAAUGAUGAGAGUGGGGAACAAAGGAAUGGAAAACCAGUCCAAAGAUUCAGGUCAAGGAAGUUUAAGUACAAUCCUAAUGUUACAUACUUACUGUGGAAAAACAAAACAUGUACAUGAUAACUGCUACAGGAUUAUUGGAUACCUCAAUUAUUUUGAGUUCACUAAGACAAGGGAAAAUCAAGGAACAGUGAAGGCAAAUACAGUUGCAACAGAAGAAAAAUCUAAAGCUUAUCAAAACACACAAGAGGAUACAACCUACAACAAUUACAGCCAGUACAUGAGCAAAGAACAAUACACAAAUCUGGUGCAACAGGUUACAAAAGAUUUCCUGAAGAAACAUAGGACAGCACCAACGACUGGUUUUAGUGGAAAUGCCAUUGCUGGUUCUUUUAAGGAGGAGCAUUAAAGCUUUUGGUGAAGUAAAUGAGGGAUUGUACCUGUUGAAGUCUUCUACUAUUAGGUAUCAGUUUGUUUCUAAUGCUAAUGUAGUUUCAAUUCCACAAUGAGAAAAUUCAGUUUCAUUAAUUUCCUUUCUAAAUCUGAACAUGUUUGUGAUAUUUGUCCUAAAGCUAGGCAGACUAGACUCACUUUUCCAAUAAGUGUUAUUCAUUCUACAAAGCCUUUUGAAUUGAUUCACAUUGAUACUUGGGGACCGUACAAACCACCUACUUAUAAUGGUUUUAGAUACUUUCUUACCAUAGUUGAUGAUUAUAGUAGAGGUACUUGGACUUUCUUGUUAAGCUCUAAUAGCAAUGUUCUCCCUACUCUUAAGGAGUUUUGUUAUUUGUAGUUUUGAUGAUUUGACAAACUUAGGGACCUCAUAAAGGUACCAGGUUUUCUACUUGAGUAUUGCAGGUGUCUUGUUUGAAGUAUUGCAGAUGAAACAAACCCAGGGACCUAGUAGAGGUACCAGACUCUCAUGAUGAUGAGCCAGUCGACUGCCAGCUGGAGACGGUACAGAAAGUAGGUGCACACUUCUCGAUGGCGUCAAAAAAGUGUGACCUUUCCAGCCAAUGGCAAAGAAGUUUAGGAAAGUGACUUGCCCAUAUAAAAGGCACUUUCCUAAACAUUUGUGUGUAGUUUUUGCAACUUGAUAAAAACUUUUCAAGAACUCUUGCAAAGGCUACAUAAAGCAAAGGCAGAAUUAUUCCAAGGACAACAGCAACAUUUGGAGCUUUUCGUCUAGUUGUUUAGGAAUUUAUUCUCUUGUUCUUAAAUUGUAAAUCACUCCUAAAU